GAUGAAGCUAGCUAUGUCACGUAACUCACCCUUCCAUCUUCUACUUCUGUUGCGUGUCCUCUCGUGGUGCCCGGGGGCGAGCGGGCAGCAGCGGCAGGAGGACGGGCCCACCACUACCACCACCACGCCGCCAGGUAACGCUACACGUGAAUGGGAAGGCACGUGGAGCGGCUACACUGGGCAGGACUACCGUAAGGAGAUCUUCCCCCCUGUCACGCCAGGUGAGCCGCUGCAGGUGGGCGUGUCAGUUCAAGUGCGGAACCUGCCCAAGAUUGACGAGGAGGAGGGCCUGGUGGUACUCGAAAUCAACUUGAGGGUGAGAUGGAGAGAUAAAAGGUUACGCCCCCCGCCCUCUCUGCCUCCUGAUGACUACCUCCCCCUUGACCCCGCCUUCCUGGGUCGCCUCUGGGUGCCUGACCUCUACAUUGCACACAGUGAGGGGGGCGUCACUCCCUCCCUCCUGACGCAGAUCGCCUCAGUCUGGAUUUACGGAAACGCUACUGUGGAUUACUCCGGCAAUAUGUUCGUUCGUGUGUCCUGCUCAAUGAAUUACAAUUGGUUCCCACGUGACCACCAAAUUUGCCUUAUCAACAUGCAAAGCUACGCCUACACACUGGCUAGGAACGAGUAUAUCUGGAUGUCACCUGGGCUGGAAGUGGGUCACACCAUUUCUAGCGAGCAGUUUCUAGUGAGACUCGAAAAAGUGGACGCGCGGACCAAGGUGGAGGAUUCUUACGGUGCAUACCCCGCCCUGGCCUUCCGCAUCCACCUGACGCGCCGCCUGUCCUCCGUCCUCCUCCAGCUGUACCUCCCGUCCGCCCUCUUCGUGGUGGUGUCCUUCGUGUCAUUCCUGGUGCCCCCUGACGCCAUCCCGGGCCGCAUCACACUCUGCAUCACCACCAUCCUCACCAUGUCUACCUUGCUUGGUGUGGCUAUGCAGUCGACGCCCCGGGUGAGCUACGUGCGUGCCAUUGACGUGUGGCUGCUGUCCUGUCUCACCUUUGUCAGUCUGGUGCUGCUCGAGUUUGGCGCCGUCAUCAAACUGGAACAGCUGGGAAAAAGGCAAGGCGGUCACACAACUAGCGCCCCUAACACCACUAACACCAUUAACACCACCACCACCACCAUCACCACCACCGCCACCACCACCGCCGCCACCAGCCCCGCCAAGGCAAAGCCGCGACUCUUCUCCAGCAGGUUAGUCCACCCACAGGUAGAGCCACCACGCCCCUCUCCUGCCGUGCCCUUAAGUGCCCACCUGACGAAGGCGCGGCAGGUGGAGCGUUUGGCAGCCUACAUGUUCCCUGGGGCCUUUCUGCUCUUCAAUAUGGGCUACUGGUGGUGGUUCCUGACAGGGUCCCAGGCAGCGGUUCCUGAGUUCGUGCAGACUGUCGCGUCGUGAGGGAGUGAGCGGGGGUGUGGUGGUGGUGGUGGUGGUGGUUGUGAUGGUGGUGGUAUGGUUGUCUGUGUGCGAUUUUUGUUGUUCCUACGAGUGUUUUUCUCUGUUUCUACGAGUACGACCUCUCUGUGUGUCUGUGUCUGUCUGUGUGUCUGUUUGUCUGUGUGUCUGUUUGUCUGUCU